UAUAUCAAAACAAAAAAUCUCAACCGUUCCUGUGCAGUAUUGUAUCAAAACUAUCGAACAACUAAAUUAGAACGGAAAGAAAUUUACGCAGAUACCUUUGUCCGGUGGAGUGUAUCGGCGUGUACAGUGCGAACACAAAGGUAAUGCCCAAGUCGCGCGUGUCGUACGAAAAGAAGGAAUUCGAAAUGCGUACCGACACAGCAGCUGCCGGAAACAAUCGAAACAUCGCCGGUGGAUCAACGACGAACGACCAUGCCACCGACAGUUUAGUGGAAGUCGAUGCAUACCGGCGGAUUAUGAAGAGCUUUAUGGAUAUGAGACGUUAUCAAACCGCACUGUUUUGGGCCGAGAAAGUGACCGUUCUCAGCAACAACGAACCAAAGGACGUGUACUGGCAGGCUCAGUGCAUGUUCCUGCUGCGAGAGUAUCAUCGAGCGGCAUACAUUAUUCGAAGUCGAGGACUGGACAAACAGAAUCUACUCUGCCAUUAUUUAGCGGCCGAAUGUCUGGCCGAAGCAAAAGAGUACCAAGAGGCGCUGGAUGUUCUCAAUUCGGUUGACUGCGAAGCCCUAGCAAACAGUCCGGCUAACGCUAGCAACCGGGACGACUCGGUUGCACGGGACGGUUUGGUAUUUGAGGAACCGAACAAAAGUGAUCUGCUCGGUUCGAUUUAUUUUCUGAAGGGAAAAAUUCUGGAAGCGAUGGAUAAUCGUGUGCUGGCUAUGGAUUGCUACGUACAGGCGUUGCACAAAUCCGUGUACUGCUCGGAAGCAUUGGACGCUUUGGUUCAGCACGAAAUGCUGAUGGCUUGGGAGGAAAAAGAACUCAUGCAGCAUAUUCCGAUGGAACAGCAGUGUUCCGAGGCAGAGCGGAAAAUCCUGAAACGGUUGUAUGAAAGUAAGCUGAAAAAAUAUUACGAGUCGAUUGCACCGCAAACCAACGCGGAACAAACGCCGGUGGGAACGAUGAGCACGGUUCUGCUGCACGAACUAACGGAAAAAAUGAAGAACAGUAAGAACAUUGAAUGCAACAAGGCAGCAGCGGAAGUUUCUUCGUUACCCAAGUGCUUCACGACGCCCGUCCCGAACAAAAUCAUGUCACCAGCGAACAAAAUUUUGGAUGAAUUGAAAAAUUCACCUUCCUAUCUGAUACAGUCGUCUCUACCGCGAGCCUCCUCCGUUCUUGGGUCCGGGGGCUGUGCCAGCGUUGGCGGUAGUGCCCAUUCCAAACCAGCCGAUACCCCUUACCGGAUCAAUCGACCGAUCAGUAUGCAGAGCCCGUCGGCAAUCAACAUCCAGAGCUGUUUCGAUCGACUGGAAAAUUGCGUCGACUUGGUCGUAUCCAAAGCGGAGAAAUUUUUCUAUAAUUGCGACUAUAAAAAGUGUAUGAAGAUCAUUGAUGAAAUCCUAAAGCGGGAUCCGUACCACAAGCGCAGCCUCACCGUUCAGAUCGGAUGUCUGAUGGAGAUGAAAGACUUCAACAAGCUGUUCUACGUGGCCCACAAACUGGUGGAUUUCUAUCCGGACGAUGCGAUCGCGUGGUAUGCGGUGGGUUGCUACUACGAUCUGAUCGGGAAGAGUGACCCGGCCCGGCGCUAUCUGUCCAAGGCGACCAGCCUGGAUAGGCUGUACGGGCCGGCUUGGCUUGCGUAUGGGCACUCGUUUGCCAAGGAGAACGAACACGACCAGGCCAUGGCGGCUUACUUCAAGGCAACUCAGCUGAUGAGGGGCUGUCAUCUGCCGCUGUUGUACAUCGGGGUGGAAUGUGGCCUUACCAAGAAUCUAGAGAUGGCCGAGAAGUUCUUCUAUCAGGCCAUGUCCAUCGCACCGCUGGAUGUUUACGUACUGCACGAGCUCGGUGUAGUGAAGUUUGAAUACGAAUUGUACGAAAGCGCCGAAGAGGUUUUCCGGACCACGUUGGAUAUGGUGCAAAGUAUGGCAAAAGCCAAUCAAGAACCGAUUUCCGUUCGUUGGGAGCCACUUCUCAACAAUUUGGGUCACUGCUGUCGGAAAAAUAGAAAGUACGAAGAAGCGCUGGAAUUCCACCGGAGAGCUCUGUUCCUGAAACCGUUGAGUGCUGCCACCUACACGGCGAUCGGGUUCGUGCAAGCACUGAUGGGCAAACUGGACGAAGCCGUUGAAUCAUUCCACAAAAGUUUGUCACUUAAAAGGGACGAUGUUGUCACGACGACUAUUCUGAAGUACGUCAUUGAAGAUCUGGCCGAGGAAGCACCGUUACCGUUUUACGCCGGUGACGGCGAAGACAUCGAUCUGAACGCCAAAGAGGAUAGCUCAGAGGGCAGAGAUGACGACAUGAGUGGUUGUGGUGGUGGUGGUAAAUUGGAAACCGCUGGUAACGACUGUCCUCCUCCGCGGUUGAAAUUAAAAUUCGAUGAGUAUGACUCAAACGCUUCCCCGGUUAGCGACACCAGUGCGGACGAGAUGAGUAUGGAUUUGUAG